AUGGAGGACCGCCCCCGAGUAUACGGUUGGCCGACUAGUAAGAAUGGUUACACGAUCCAGGAGGUUCCUUCAGGCACAAAGAGGUUCAGGAAGGCAAUUGUCAUAGGGGCAGGAGCUUCUGGCCUCAGCUUUGCCAAGUUUCAACAGGAAAGAAUGAUUGAUUUCGAAUGCGUAAUUUACGAAAAAAACGAUGAAGUAUCAGGGACAUGGACCGAAAACCGCUAUCCUGGAUGCGCCUGCGAUAUUCCCUCAGUGACUUACCAGUACCCGUGGGAACUGAAGAUCUGGUCGAGGUUUUAUGCCUACGCACCUGAGAUUCUGGAGUAUUUUAAGCACGUCGCAGAUAAACACGGUCUGCGAAAAUUUAUCAAACUUCAACACGAAGUCAUACAUGCCCAAUGGGAUAAUCAAUCCGGUAAGUGGUGUGUCAAGGUUCGAAACCUGACAGACGGGACCGAGUUUGAUGAUACGGCUGACGUCCUCGUCAAUGCCUCUGGUAUCUUUAACUACUGGCAAUGGCCGAACAUAAAAGGCCGCAAGGAUUUCAAAGGGAUUGUCGUACACUCUGCCAAUUAUCCCACAGAUCUUGAUCUUGCAGGCAAACGAGUUGCCGUUGUUGGUACUGGGGCGAGCGGGCUGCAGCUGACAGCAGCCCUUCAACCGGUUGUCUCUCACUUGUAUACCUGGAUUAGAAGCGGAACUUGGAUCACAUCCAGCUUCGGAUCUACCUUUGCGGGUCCUGACGGUGGAAACUUCCAGUACAGCAAGGAGCAGAAAGAGAAGUUUAUCCAUAAGCCAGAUGUCUAUCUAAAAUACAUUAAGGACGUCGAGAAGUCACUAAGCGACCCGCUUGCCGUUCUCAAAAACACCCCUAUUACCCAUUAUGCCCAGGAGUUUUCCCUGAGCCUCAUGAAGGAUAAGUUGCGUGACCACCCAGAUCUGCUAGAGGCUUUAACACCAACCACCUUCCCAGUUGGAUGUAAGCGAAGAACGCCUGGAAAUGGAUAUCUGGAGGCUAUUACGCAAUCGAAUGUGACAACAUAUUGCAAAGCCUCGCUAGAUGAGUUGACAGAGGAAGGGUUUAUUGAUCCUAACGGCAAUAAGGUUGAAAUCGAUGCGAUCGUCUUCGCUACAGGUUUCAACACGACAUGGGUUCCGCGAUUUCCUAUUAUUGCUAAUGGUAAAAAUCUUCAGGAUAUUUAUGCAGAGAACGCGCUCUCGUAUAUGGGUGUGGCUGCCCCUUAUAUGCCAAACUAUUUCACCUUCUACGGACCAUACUCCCCUAUCGGACAGUCCAGCGUCCUUCCUAUGAUGGAUGUAUUCUCCCGGUGGAUUCUCCAGAUGAUUGAGAAAAUGCAGAUCGAGGACAUUAAGUCUUUAACUCCGAAAAAGACUGUUAUUGAAGAUUAUGGAGAGCAUACAAAAUUGUUAAUCAAACGCUUUGUGUGGGAUGCUCCAUGCCGCAGUUGGAUGAAGGCUGGGUCCAUAGAAACCCCUCCAAGCUCUUAUGCGGGAACCAGGACCCAAGUUAUGGAGCUUCUCGCACAGCCGCGAUUUGAAGACUUCGAUAUUGAAUACAAGAAUCAGAACCGGUGGCAGUGGCUGGGCAAUGGUUUCUCUAUUCAUGAUGUAGACGGCAGUGAUAAUACUUGGUUUUGGGGAACGCUGAAAGAGUCAAUUGUGGCUAAGGCCAGCAGUGAACAGAAGAACGGAUUUUAA